AUGACUUCGUUUCGGGCCUUCCGCCCAGACGAUCUCAACCACUUCUCCAAGUGCAACCUCGACCCUCUGACCGAGACCUACGACCUAAGUUUCUAUCUUCAAUACUUCGCGAAAUGGCCCACCCUAUUCCAGGUCGCCGAGGAUAGCAGAGGAAACAUUGUUGGCUAUAUCAUGGGCAAGACCGAGAGCUCCCCCGACUACUUCCAGUACUCCGAGCACUACCUGCCGUGGCAUGCCCACAUCACCGCCUUGACUGUUGCCCCGGAGGCUCGACGUCUAGGCAUUGGCAAGAUGCUCACUGAACAACUCGAGGCUGGCGCCGAAGCUGCCAAUGCCUACUUCGUCGACUUGUUUGUCCGGAAGAGCAACGAGAAGGCCAUCAAGUUCUACGAGGGGAUGGGCUACAGCGUCUAUCGCGUAGUCAAAGACUACUACGGCGACAACAUCAACGACCCGACCGCUCACGGCGAGGACGCCUACGACAUGCGCAAACCGACGAAGCGGGACAAGGCCCUCAAGCACAUUCGAGACGACGGCCGGAAGCACGAGGUCCAACCUGAAGACGUAUUUUGA